UGUCAAGUGCUGACAUUAGAAAAGUUUUCUUGUGAAUUGCUGAACAUAAAUUAAAAUACAAUUCUUAUGUUUAUCUAUAUAAAAUUUAAGAUACCAUAAAAAAUAUAAAAAUAAUACAAGUGACUGUAUAUUUAAAAUUAAAUAACUUGCAAACUAGUGUUAUUUCUCGUAUCAAAUAACUGUCUGUAAGUGGGAGGAGAAGUGAGAAUUUAAAUAUAUUCACUGUAAAUAUUCAUUGAAUACUUUAUAUUCUCCGGCUGCCAAUAUGAUGAACCAAUAUAUAAGAGAAUUGGAGCAGGAUCCAUUUGAUCCUGAUGAGUUUGUAGAGAGAAUGGUACGUCGCAGUAUGCAAGAGUGUCGCUUACAGGAUGAUCAAUUUGAUCCCGAAAUGAUCCACGAUAUAUUUACGCAAGCUAUUCAAGACCUAAAGGUUUUACAAGAAAGGCAGGAGAGAAAAUGUGCCAGAUUGGAGCAAGCAGUACAGGAUGAAGAGAAGAUCUAUGUUGCUAAACUGGCUGAGAUUAUGGAUCAACACUCACACUGUGUAUCAGUAUUUAGUACACUGGAUGAGCGAAUGUCAAGAUGUGGUGGUAGAGCCUUAGAUGUUGGUGAGAAACUGGGUGCUGCAAGAGCUCCGAGAGCCAGGGCAGCCGCUGCACGGGAUCUAUUGUCACACUUAGCAAAUUUUCUAAGUCCUGGUCCUGUGCUGAGUGACCUAUUCAGUGAUCCUAAUAAGCUCAAUGAAGCUGCAGAUGUUAUUCAAAAAUUAUACACCAUUGCUCAAGAGUUGCCGCCUGAUAAAUUUGAGGUUGCCAGGAAAAAAAUUGAGGCCAAGUAUGAUGAGAUUGAGCGUAAUCUAAUUGAAGAGUUUGUCAAGGCACAAAAUCAAGGAAACAUGACUAAAAUGAAAGACAUUGCAAAUAUUAUGACAAACUUCAAAGGAUACUCGCAGUGUGUAGAUGCUUACAUAGAGACAAGUCAAAUGAAUACUCUCCUUGGAAAAGAUAUAUUCCUAUCUGUACUGCCUCUUUGCAAGAAGAAUUACAAUAUAAUUAGCAAUGUCUUUCCAAACCCUGACCAAGUGAUGAGUAAAUUUGUUUUGAAUAUAUUCCAUUUGAAGCUACAGAAGUACAUACAGACAAAACUUGCAGAUAAGAAUGACAUUGAGAAGUAUCUACGUAAUUUGUAUGAUACUUACACAAGUACCCAACGUGUAUGCGAUGAGCUUGUGGCUGCCAACUUAGUAUCAGCCGAUGGUAACAGUGCGACUGGAGAAUUGCGUAGAGAGGCUUUAAUAAACGGUGCCAUGGCCGGAGCCACUGAAGGUUACCCGGCUUUGGAAAUACGGAGAUUGAAAUCAAUAUUAUCCAGUUCAUUGAACGCAUACUAUGUUGAGAAACAACAUGUAAAAAAACAGAUUCAGGGUGGAGGAUUUCAAGAACUACGUCGAGAUUUACAAGCAGUGAUUGGUACAAGGGCCAACAUCAACAUAGCGCAGAUAGAAAACUAUGGCGGCGAGACGUUCCUUAGUGAACAACUGGUGCAGAGGAUGUUGAAUGAUGCUAAAACUUCGUUCUUGAGAUGCAAAACUCUAUGUACAUCUAAUGAAUUACCCGGGACCGCAAUUGUCUUAUUGGAAGUGCUUAUUCAACAUCUGCUUAUUGAACAUGUUGAUUACGCGUUGGAUUUGGGUCUGCAAUCUAUACCAAUAGCUGAAGGAAAAUCUUUGCCUCAGAUUUAUUUCUUUGAAAUCGUUAAUCAAACAAACACAAUAGUUAAAAUGUUCGGAGAGCAUUUUCAGGAGUCAGUGUUGCCCUGCUUGAGUUCAACGAGCAAGCAAACGGAAUGCCUGCAACGAAAAAACGCAAUAAUGGAGCAGUUAGAAAAUAAAUUGGAUGCUGGAUUGGAGAGAGCCAUCGCUGCCAUAGUUAGCUGGGUGAAGCUGUAUUUGCAGACGGAACAGAAGAAAACCGACUUUAAACCUGAAGGAGAUAUUGACACUUUGGCCUCUCCAGCGUGUACUGCGGUGGUGUCGUAUCUCAACACUGUGAUGGACAAGAUCCACGACAAUCUGGAUGGAGACAACCUGAACGCGGUAACGUUGGAGUUGGCCGUGCGCCUGCAUCGAGUCAUAUACGAUCAUUUGCAGAACUUCCAGUUUAAUUCUGCAGGUGCGAUGAUAGCGAUAUGCGACGUGAAGGAGUACCGGUCGGCGGCGUGCGGGCGCGGGCGGGGGCGGGCGCGGGGCGGCGCGGCGCCGGCGCCCGCGCACGCGCUGUUCGACGCGCUGCACGCGCUCUGCAACCUGCUGCUCGUCAAGCCGGAGAACCUGCACCAGGUCUGCGAGGGCGAGACGCUGGCGGAGUUGGAUCAUUCAAUAUUGUUGAACUUCAUACAACUGCGCGCCGACUACAAGAGCCACAAGCUGUCGAGCUUCCUCAAGGGACUCUCUUAAACGGAACGAUAUAUUUAUGUUAUUUUUUAAUUAUUUAAGUUGAAUCAUAUUUAAUG